CGACUGGGGACAGCGCACUGCUUGUCACUGAGCAGAGGACAGACACCACUCGCUCAAUAGUCCACUCGCCUUUGCCCACCACUCGCCCACUUACGUCUCAUUUAACGUCUACACGAAAGCUUUACGAUGCCGCCCCCGCACUACGACUUUCUCAUCAAGCUGCUGUUGAUCGGUGACUCUGGUGUUGGCAAGUCGUGCUUGCUCCUCCGGUUCUGCGACGACGCAUGGACACCCUCCUUCAUCACGACUAUCGGUAUCGACUUCAAGAUCCGCACAAUUGAGCUCGACGGAAAGCGCAUCAAGCUCCAGAUUUGGGACACUGCAGGCCAGGAACGGUUCAGGACGAUAACGACCGCGUACUACCGUGGCGCGAUGGGCAUCCUGCUCGUUUACGACGUUACCGACGAGCGCUCCUUCAAGAACAUUCGGACAUGGCACGCCAACAUUGAGCAACAUGCCUCCGAGGGCGUCAACAAGAUCCUCAUAGGCAACAAGUCCGACUGGACCGAUAAGCGCGCUGUCACCGAGGAAGAGGGACGCGAACUCGCCAACGAGCUCGGCGUCAAGUUCAUGGAGACUUCUGCUAAGGUGAACGAGGGCGUUGAGGAGGCAUUCUUCACUCUCGCCAGAGAUAUCAAGACUCGCCUUAUCGAUUCGCAAGCGGACUCUGCCCUCCCCUCUGGCGCCGGCAAUGCCGACUCCGUCAAGGUCAACCAGCCCGCCGCCGCCUCGUCCGGGUCCUGCUGCUCGUAGACGUCCGGCAUGGGCGGCUGGAUGUUCAAAGACGGACUUCUCCCGGCCAUUUUCUACCCACUCAUCUCUGCAACCUAGUACAUAUCAUGUCGCGUGUGGUCGUUGUAAUACGUUUAUUAUUGCAUGCUCUCAAG